CUAAAUAGAACCGACCUAGGCAGUGGAAUAAUAUACCCUCGUAACACAAUUUUCGUUUGAUGUCGUAUACCAUGGCGUAUGAUCUGAUCCGCCCCGCCGUUACCCUGUACAGAGAAACAGAUCCUAAAAUCGACAUGAUGGCUCCAGUCACUACCAUGAAUAGGAUUGCACAGGUUGCUUGUGAGAGAAUAAUACUGAUGAUGAAUAACACAGGACUUGUGAAAGAAAGACGGCUCUCUAGCAUGGACCAAGUACUCACGUACUUAACCGGAAGACACGAAGAUGUUGGACUUUCUGGAGAUCGCGGCGACCUUUACCGGAGGAAGUUGGCGGAGCAGAUAUUUUUGGCUUUUGCUGUUGAUGGUGUAGAUCACAACAACGUCGUGUUGAUCGUAGAAGCUGCAAUUAAGUUAGAGCGAGAAACACGAAGAAUAUUAAUGAACAGUGCGGAAACACGUUACUCAGCCCCUGGUGUUAGCAUUGACGAACAAGUUCUGAAUGUGUUGGCACGCAUUGCUGAAAUUUUCUAGACUUUUAUUUUGAACUUGUGUCUGUGUUCUCAGCCUAAAUUAAAAUCUACGCAAACAAUUAAAUUUUUUAAUUUAAAACAUUUGAAACAAUUGAGUUAUAUGUAAUGUAAAAUUUUGAGUGUUAUUUUAAAUCAAGAAUAGCAUGCAGUAAACAAACA